AUGUCUGAACCUCUAAACUCACUAUUAAAAUCACUAAACACCCAUCCAAAAUCACUAGUCAUUGAAAAAUCAUUAUCCACCGCCAUCAACUUCAUAACACCCUUCUCCAAAUUAAAAGAAUUGGCAAAUAUUCAAAAUGUUUAUUGGUUUAACGAUCCAUUAACUGUAUCAUCAUCAAAUUCAACAACUUUUCUAAUAAAAUCAAACUUAUCAAAUAUCCCAAUCCUUUCACAAAGAAUCCAUGAAUUAAUCAGCAAUGACCCUACUCACAAAAUAAAUGUCAUCACCACUCUAGAUUAUUUUAAAUCUUUUAAACAUGAAUUAAAUAAAAUUGGCAUAUAUGGUGAAUUACAAUCAUUAACAUCCUGGAAUUUAUACAUUCAUGAUCCAACUUCAAACUCUAUACAAUUAUACAUUUCAGAAUUGAAUUCAUUAUACUUAUACAAGACUCCUAAUAUCCCUUAUAAAUUAGCAAAUUGGCUAAAUGAAUAUUUAAUCAUAAAUCCAAAUUUACAAAUUACUCAUAUCUUGUCAAAAGGUUUAAAUUCAUCAAAAUUUACGUCAAUUUUUAAAAACCUAAGAAAUGAUUAUAAAAAUUCAUUAUCCCCACUAGAGAAAAAGUUAGAAUCAAGGAUUGAAAAAGGGUUGUACGGUUCAAGUUCAAAUAAUAGUGGUAAACAAACUGAUUUAAUCGUAUUGGAAAGAAACCUAGAUUUCUUAUCAGUCUUACUAAACCAAUUGAGUUAUUCAGGUUUGAUUGAUGAAGUUUAUGAUAUUGAUAUAAAUACAAUAAAAUUAGAUUCAACUACUUAUCUAGAUUCUGAAAAUGAUUCAAUUUACAAUUCUCUCAAAUUUAUGAAUUUUGGUAUUGCUUGUGAUUAUUUAAACAAUGAGGCUAAGUCAUUACAAUUACAAUAUGAUGAAUUAAACAAUCUAAAUGAUUUAUCUCAUAUUAAAAACUUUGUGGAUAAAUUAAAUGAAUUGGAAUUAUUGAAAAAACAAGUUUCAAAUCAUACAAAGAUAAGUGAAGAAAUCCUCAACAAAUUACAAACAAGUGAUGAAUCUUCAAAUUACAACACCUUGUUGGAAUUUCAACAAGAUAUCCUAUUUGCAAACUUAUCUUAUUCAAACAUCAUAUCCAAAAUUAUUGAAUUGAUUAAUUACCAGGAAUACCAACUUUAUGAUAUCCUAAGAUUAAUCUCAAUAACUAGUAUUGUCAAUAACGGUCUAAGAGAACGUGACUACAUCACAUUAAACAAUGAAAUCUUGGAAUCCUUUGGAUUUAAAUAUUUCCAAUUAUUACAAAAUUUAAUCAAGAUUGGGUUAAUUACAAUAAGAGGAGACCCCUCCAUCAUUAAAAACUUCAACAACCUAAACUCAAAAUUGAAAUUAACUUCUGACAUUGAUGACGAUCCAAAUAACCCAUCAGAGCCAAGUUUUGCCUAUAGAGGUUAUAUCCCACUAAUUUCAAGAAUUUUACAAAACUCUAUCCAUCCAAACAAAAGAUCAUCAUGGUCCCACCUAGACCUAAACUCAUUAUUAUUGGGGAAGACCAUAGAUGAAGAAUUAACACAGGAUAAUAUUGGAUUAGGUGGGUUAUUACAAAAAAAUGAUUCAAUGGUUAUUAUUGUAAUGAUUGGUGGCCUAACUUAUUCUGAAUUGGCAACUAUAAAAUUCGUGGAAAGGCAGUUUAAAGAAAAAUAUGGGAUAAACAAGAAGUUCAUGGUGUUGACUGAUUCUUUUAUAAAUGCUAAAGAUUUAUUUGAUAGUAAUUUAUAA